AUGGGAGCCAAGCUGCUGUGCCUCUUCCUCGCCUCUGCCCUCCUUGCUUACUACAUCUACACCCCCAUUCCUGAGGACCUUGAGGAGCCCUGGAAAGUGAUGUUUAUCACGGCUGCCUUCAGGGCCAUGGGGCAUCUGGCUGAGGUUGCUGAUCGGCUGGGUCUGAUGCACUACAUGGAAACUCUGAUGCUGAUCACAGUGGCUGAGUACGUCGCACCCACGUCUGAUGAAAACGUCACCGUGAUGGACACGGAGUUCAGCGACGUGGCCGUCCGUCUGUACCUGCCCAGAAAGGCGUCUGAUGGGCUGAGAAGGGCGGUGGUCUACUUCCAUGGCGGAGGAUGGUCCCUAGGACACGCAGGCAUGAAACCCUAUGAUCAUCUGGCAAGGUGGACUUCAAACAGGUUAAAUGCUGUCGUGGUAUCAGUCAAUUACAGGUUGGCACCUAAAUACCAUUUUCCCGUUCAGUUUGAAGAUGUAUAUUCGGUAACGAAGUUCUUCCUCCAGAGCAGCAUCCUCUCCCAGUAUGGGGUGGACCCAGAUCGGGUCUGUGUGGCAGGAGACAGCGCAGGUGGCAACUUAGCUGCAGCUGUGGCACAACAGCUGUUAAAGGACCCUGACGUCAAAACUAAACUCAAAGUCCAAGCUUUGCUUUACCCUGCUCUUCAAACCCUUGACCUGAAUUUGCCAUCUUACCGAGAAAAUGAAAACAAGCCCAUUUUACCGAGGCUGCUUAUGGUCAAGUUCUGGAGUGAAUAUUUCACUUCUGAUUCAUCUCUCAGGGAAGCGAUGGCCUCCAACAGGCAUGUCCCAGUUGAAUCGAGCCACUUAUUUCAGUUUGUAAACUGGAGCAAUUUGCUGCCUGAAGAGCUGAAGAAAGAUUAUGUUUACACCAGUCCCACCUACGGAAGCUCCGAGCUCGCGGAGAAGUACCCGGGGUUUCUGGAUCCGAGGGCGGCCCCGCUGCUGGCGAGCGAUGCCCAGCUACGUGGGCUGCCCCUCACCUACGUCCUCACCUGCGAGCACGAUGUCCUGCGGGAUGACGGCGUCAUGUACGCUGGGCGCCUCCAGGCAGCGGGCGUUCCCGUCACGCAUGACCAUGCCAAGGAUGCCUUUCAUGGGGUGAUGAUGUUUGUGUUGGGUCCGGCCAACUUAGCUGUAGGGUAUCGGCUGUUGAACAGGUACGUUGAGUGGUUAAAUGAGAAUCUAUGA